AUGACUGCUUUGGUGUUCGGAGUUCUGGCGCUUGUAUUCUUCGGCAUGAGAAUGAUCUCGAAAAUCAUCGGGUUCGUGCCAUAUGGAACUGACGAUAGUCUGAUCCUGGCAGCAUUUCCGCUCGUCAUCGUGUUGAUUGUCACUACUUUCAUUUUAACAUCGAAAGGUCUCGGGCUGGAUAUCUGGCAUCUUUCUACGGGUACUGAUAUGUUUCUCCAGUUCAUCAUGACCUUUGGAAUCUCUUACGCCCUAUCGCUUGCCCUAAUCAAAUUAUCGAUCCUAGCCUUCUUCCUACGCGUAUUUCCAGACAUCAAAUUCCGACGGGUGGUACAUCUGACUAUGACUUUCAUCGUGGUGAUGACAAUCGCAUACGGUGUGGUAUUUGCCCUGCAGCGGAAACCGCUAUGGAUGUUCUGGGAGGGAUGGAAGGACAAAAACCCUCGUGGGAUGAUGUUGGACACGAAUGCUUCAGCCAUAAGCCAUGGCUCGAUCAACGUUGCGUUAGAUGUCUGGAUGAUGAUCCUUCCCAUGACACAGCUAUGGAAAAUUGGCAUCAAGCAGAAAAAGAAGUUCGGGAUCAUUGCUAUGUUCAGUGUGGGAAUCUUUCUUACUGCUGUCAGUACAGUACGAAUUCCAUACAUCACGAAGUUUGAAACAUCAAAGAAUUCAACUGCGGACUCGGUUGAGACCAUUGUCUGGUCUGUGGUAGAGGCAUGUGUGGGAGUCAUGGUGGCUUGCAUGCCUGGUGCGCGUCAAUGUGUGCGAGAUAUAUCGGCACGUGUCAGAAGACGGAGAGCCGACGAUGGAGAGAACAGGACGAGUAUUUUCGUUGAUCGGUCCUUGGCGACAAUUGUUAUGACCAAGCAGCAGACAACAUACGGGACGGGAAGUUCCGAUUCGGGGAGCGUCGCAAAACCCUAUGCUGCAGCUGAAAUACGUAGAUAG